ACAAUUGUGUCAUUACAGCUUACUGCUGUCUAUGAGUGUGGGCAAAGAUAAAUAUCCAGUAGAUAGCAGUCAGAGAAUGGCCCUCCUCUAACCACCCAGACGAGAGGGGGCAAGAUUUUGAAGCCACACAAUAUGCUGCCUGUUGGGAAACUGGUCUAUACUGUAAAAUCCACUCCCUCAUUCCCAUCUUCUUUUAAUUUAAACUAAGGAAGUCAUUCCAUUUGGGCAGUGAUUGAAAACUGAGCAGGAGAUGGAUUGCAGCUGGAAUCACACAAUUAGAGCACAAUGAUAUUUGCUAACAUAUGACAAAUCUGGAGGUUUGAGAAAGGCUUGAUAUACAUUUAGUACAGCUGGAAAAAAAAAGUUAAAAUUCACACCCAUUUAAAGCAUCUGUGGGUUAUUAAAGGGAUCGUUCACCCAAAAAUGCAUAUUAGGUCAGUAUUUAAUCACCAUAACUUUGCUUUCUUUCUUCCAUGGAACACAAAAGGAAAAGUUUGCCAAUUCUUCACAUUUCUUUUUGCCAUUCAAUGAAAGUGAAUUAGAAGUGAAUAAAAGAAAAAAACACAAUAAAACUACAGUAAAUGUAAUCGAUUUAACCCGAGUACUAAUCACUACUCCAAGUCUUCUAAAGCCAUACAAUCACUUUGUGGGUUGAACAGACCAAAAUGUUUUUAUUAAGUUGUAAAUCAUUCUUAAAUAAAAUCUUUGAUAAACUCCCAACGGCAGUGCCCAUAUCAAAUGGUGACUGCGGCACAAACUGGAAGUCAAUAACAUCAAACCACAUUGGUUCUUGUGUGUCUCGUGACCAAACAUCAUGAUGUCAAACCUGCACUGUAGUCACCAUAUUCGAUGUGGGGAGCAUAACAGUGCGGAGUCACUAUUCACUUUCAUUAUAUGGCAAAAAAAAAAAAAAAACAGCCUAAUCUCAUGAAAAUGAUGUGACUGUGGCAACAUUUUAGUAAAAUGAAAUUACGUGGUUCAUUAAACAUUUUGCUGCAGUUCCGAGGUGAAAUGUCCACUGAGGCGUGCUAAAAGCAAGUUUAAUGUUCUCCCAAAAAGACUUUAGGUUUGAUUAUUUUUUUUAAAUUUUUUUAAAGUUAAUGCAUUUAAAUGAAAAACCUGCCUCCCUAACCUUAAACCGAAACCUAACCAAUAGUGUAAUAAAACCCAAAUGUGAGAUGUUCCUUUUCUAUUUUGAAAUUAACAAAACCGACAUUGCUGCCCUAACUGCUACAUCUAAGCCCAACCAAUAGUGUCAUAAAAGCAAAUGCGAGGUGAACAAAACAGACAUCCUUACCCUUAACCUUACACCUAAACCAAACCAAUAGUGUCAUAAAAGCAAAUAUGAGAUGAAAAACGCAAUAACUAAAGCAGCCACAUAAUUUUGUUGUACUAAAAUGUUAGUCAGUCAUGCUUGAAAAAACUUGUGCUUGGUUAUCUAAUGCUGAACCAUCUUUCAAAUCAUGGGUUAUUGUAAUAUUCUUUUUACAUAAUAAGAAAGUAUUGUCUGGGUAACAGAGUAACUGUUUAUAAAGUGUUAAUCUGCCAUGUUACUCGUGAUUUGUGUGAAAGUGAACAAACGCGUUGUUGCAGCGCCUCUAGUGUUUAUUUCACCAGAAAAUUGCAGUGAUACGUAGAACAAGGCAUGUAAAACUAAUUUUGCAAAAAUGUUGUUAUAGUUGCAGACUGCAAAAAGCCAGGUGAAGGUUUUUAAAUUUUGUUAUUUUUGUUCCACGGAAGAGAAAGAUGAACAGAUUUGAAAUGACAUGAUCACAUUCAUGUAAAUAAGGACAGAAUUAAAAAUUUUGGGUGAACUAUUCCUUUAACUUGGGCUUGUGAUCAAAUAAAUUUAUAUAAAUAUAUGAUUUAAAUGAAUUAGAAUUAUAUUGCUCUAAUAUCAUCAUAUAUGCUACUAUGAUCUGUCUGAAUUGUGCUUAUUUAGCUGAGAAAUAUUUAAAGUCUUAGAAACUUUGACUCUUCUCCUUUUAAAUAUUUCAAACAAGAAGGACAUACCCAGUGUUUCACUUUGCCAGCAUUUAGCAUCAGUAAGGAUCACACUGGUGUUAUUUCAGUCUUUAAUGGUCUGACUAAUUAGAAGUAAGAUCAGGACCAGGCAUGUGACUUUCAUGUGGAUAUCUCAGGUGCAAAAUAUUCCGCAGAUUACAGAAAUAGCAUCUGUUUCAUUUAUUUUGCAUGUAGAGCUUUAGAUUUCAAUGAAUGUCUAACUAUUAUCUUCUAAGCCUGUGAAGAUGUUAUCAUAGUCACAUCACUCUUUGCUGUGUUGUGGUUCAGAAUCUCACCUGAGCUCAAGUUUUUGUAGGUAUUACUUCACCUCAGAAUACUCAUUCUUUUGUCUAAACCAACGCCAACAUGAGUCAUUUACCCACCCACCUUCCCCUACUACACUGGUUUGAAAACUAUUUAUUCACUUGUACCCAGACUAUCAUUUAGACAAGCAAAUUGUCUCUCUAAACUGACCUCAAUUUAAUCUAAGAAGCUAUUUUAUUUAGGUUGUGGUCGUCGUUUAGCUUAAAAUCAAAGGCUUAGGAUAAAGGCUUAGGCAUUCAAGUGUUUGACAUCUUACCAUUGGAAGUCUCAAGGUGUGUCCCAAACCGCACACUUCUUCACUAUUCUACGCCAUUUUGUAGUGUGAGUAGUACGUUUACACUGAAAAAGCUGCAAAAAGAAGUGUACUUUAAGUACCCGGAUGAUGCACUUUUUCAGCUGUCAAAACAGAGUGUGGAAUGUUGGACAAUUCAUGCACUCAACGCAUUCAGCUUGCCAUAGAUAGCGGAAGGGGUGGAGUUACCUGGCUGCACUGCUGGUCUGACAAAACAGUUAAUAAGUAAAUAAUGAAGAAUGUAGCAGCUGGCAAAACUUCAGUGGAUACAACACCUUACAAAUGUAAUUUGAAUGCUUUACCAUCACCCCAAUCUGUGUGAAUAUGUAUAUUGUUUGAAAUACAAGUGUUAAACUGAAGUUGGCUAACGCGCUAAAGCUAGUGGCAACACAUCAGGUGCAUUUAAAAUGUCACUUCCGUCAGCUGUUAAAUGCUUCCUUGUAGUAAAAACUGUUAAGUGUUCCAUUUGGGAUGAUACUACACUUUGAAAAUUCAUACACUACAUGGCUGAGUGCAUAAUAUAUUUGUGCAGUGUUUAGAGUGUCAUUUAGGAAAAUACUAGUAAUUUUCUGUCUUUUUAGUUUAAUUCUUUCAAAGCACUCUGUGGCAGCGGGGGCGUGGUCGAGCGUCCGUCGGGAGAGAGAGAGAGCGGUAAGGGUGCAUACACCUGAGCCAAAUUAUGACUAACACCUGUCUCUAAUUGUAGUGAGAUUGGGGAGAGCGGCAUAAAAGGAUCAUGCCAGCGCCAGAUCGAGAGAGAGAGACUGGGUUGGGAGCCUUACUGUGGAGCUAAUGUGUUAGUGUAAAGCUGAUGAGUUAGUGUGAAGCUGAUGUGUUAUUGUGAAGCUGUAAACCAGAGAAGUGGUCAAUUAAAAGUUCCCUACCUGUGUUUGAAGACUCCAGUUCCCGGUGUCCUUCCUUGUUACACUGGUGCCGAAACCCGGGAUCUGAUUUGAAGACUGCAUUCCCCAUGGAGUCCUUCCCAUUGUCCGACAUCAUCAAGUCCCUCGCAAACCUACAUCACACCCACCAACAGGCUCUGCUUGAACUCUGCCAGGAUCAAGAACGCUACUUCCAUGAGGUCCUUAGAGUUCAGGCAGAGGACCGGCAGGUCAUUCGGAGCCUCCUCACCCAGGAGAAAGCCCCGGCAGCAACCCCGGACAACUGCAGCCCCCUGCCCCCGACCAUGCUGUUGAAGAUGGGGGUGGAAGACGACCCUGAGGCCUUCCUGAACAUGUUUGAGCAUACCGCUGAAAUCUGGGGCUGGCCGCAUGCUCAGUGGGUGGCCCGGCUCAUCCCUCUCUAAGCAAUACCAUCAACUGUUCCGCUCCAUGGAGAUGGAAGGGGCCGGUCACCCAUUUGCCUUUUCUCAGCGGCGCCGUGAUACCUGCCGGAAAUGGCUGCGGGCGGGGGACUGCGACGUCGAGGGAGUGGUCGACCAAGUGGUGCUGGAGCAGCUGAUCCAUCGGCUUCCAGAAGGCAUGGUGGAGUGGGUCCAGUGCCAUCGCCCGGCAUUGCUGGAGGAAGUGGUCCAGCUGGCAGUGUGCCCAAGCGCGGAGAAGCGCUCUCUCUCUCUCUCCCCCCUCCCCCUGUGUUUUCUCCCAUCUCUUUCCACUACCCUCUCACUCUGUCCUCUCUCCAGGCCCUGUUCCUGCACCCCCUGGCAUGGAAACCCACCACCGAAGCCGGCUCCUCGCUUGCACCGGUUUAUCCCUUUCCCGGCGACUUCAGGGUCUACCCACUCUCCCCCUCAGGUGGAUGUACCUGCCCCUACAAGUGCCUGGACUGCAGCACCUGGGCCGGCCUGCUGGCGUUGCUGGGAUCUGGAACACUUCCGGGAUCAGUGUCCUGUGAUGGAGCUGCGAACUGUAGUCCGGAUCCUUGAUGCACCACAGGCUAACCCCGAUCGGGCUGGAGGGUACAGGAUACUGACGGACGCUUCAGACAGGGCGCUGGGGGCCGUACUCUCGCAGGUGGUGGAGGGGGAGGAGCACCCGGUGCUGUACAUCAGCCGCAAGCUCUCCUUGAUGGAAACAAAGUACAGCACCGUAGAAAAGGAAUGUCUGGCACUUCAGCCCUUUAAAUUCAAGGUGGUCCACAGACCGGGAGCGCAGAUGGCUGUCACCGACUUCCUGUACAGAAAUGGGGGUGGGGGGGAGUGGUAGGCAGUCCGUAUGUCUCCCUGUCCAGAGUCGGGUGGUUGGGAUAUGUGGCAGCGGGGGUGUAGUCCGUCGGGAGAGAGAGAGCGGUAAGGGUGCAUACACCUGAGCCAAAUUAUGACUAACACCUGUCUCUAAUUGUAGUGAGAUUGGGGAGAGUGGCAUAAAAGGACCAUGCCAGUGCCAGAUCGAGAGAGAGAGACUGGGUCGAGAGCCUUACUGUGAAGCCGAUGUGUUAUUGUGAAGCUGAUGUGUUAGUGUAAAGCUGAUGAGUUAGUGUGAAGCUGAUGUGUUAUUGUGAAGCUGUAAACCUUAGAAGUGGUCAAUUAAAAGUUCCCUACCUGUGUUUGAAGAAUACAGUUCCCGGUGUCCUUCCUUGUUACACACUCUUUUAUUUGAGAUCAGGAAUGUUAGAGGAAGUCUGUGAGAGAUGCAGGCCUAUUGAAGUUUAGUGAGACAAUGAUUGUUCAAAUUGUGUGAUCUGAUUGUUUUUCACUGCCUACUGACCUGCAUUUGGUCAUAGUAAAUAUUAUGUCUUUAGUUGUUUUGUUUAAACAGACCAUGUCUUUUUUUGUUGUUGGAGGAAUUCUGUGUGGUCAGACAUAUAUAAUUCUGUUCUAAACCAACUCACCAACCUAUUGUUGUGCUUUAAUUAGCCAAAAGUGCUUGCAUUUGUGAUGAACAGUAAAUUGCUGAUCCAAAGCAAUUUAGAGUACACUACAGUACAGUACAAUACACAGGGACAGUCCCCUCUGUGGACCAUACCUUACUGUUAUUGGCCCAAAUCUUAAACCACUAUGCUAUACUAUCACUAACAUUACCGCUCACAGUACUGCAUUAAAAUACUACAAUAAUUAAGGUCGUUAAACACUACAAUUACCACCUAUGGUGGCACAGUUCAAGACACAGGUGCCACUGUGUGACUGAACAUUUAUACUUAUUCCUUUGCCAGUUACUAACUGUGAUUAAUUGUUUAUUUUUUGUUGUCAUGUCAUGCAUUUACAUGGCACAUUGCCUUGGUAGAUGCUUUUAUCUAAAGCCACUUAUAGUGCAUUCAAGCAAUACAUUUUAUUAGUAUGUGCAUUCCCUUGGAACCAAACCCAUGACCAUGCAGGAACAAAAUCCAUCCAGCUUUGAUGGAUAAAAGCAGUGGUGUGCUUCUAGCAGUAUCAAAGAAAGAAUGAGUGUGGAGUCAUUCCUUACAAAAUUUUGCCAAAAAGGUGUUUUUGAGUUUAUUGCGACCUGCUCCAUAUACAUGUCCAAACCCUGUCCUAAUCUGUACCAUUUUAUGAACAACAGCUUUAUGGUCUGGUAAAGCUUUAGCCUUCUGGGCAGUGCUGUCACACAUGGUGAUGUAGCAUCACAGGUGACCCAGGCUUGAGUCUUUGCAUGAGGUCCUUUCCUGACACCAUUCCCCAUCUUCUCCCCUGUUGUUUCCUAUCUUUCUCUCUCUACCUAAUGAAUAAAAGCAAAAAACAAAAACAAAAAACUUUUAUGAUCUGUAUUAGAUCUUCAUCAGUGUGUCCUUUGACAUGUCAUUCAACAAGUCACAAAGUUCUGUCUUUCGAGAAGGUUACAUUCAUACACACUGCACAUUUAGAUUUGCUCAUUUAGAAAUGUGAUACAUUUCUCUUAACAUCCUGUCCUGUACAAUACAGUAUAUACAAAUAGACUUAAGUCAGUACAUCUAAAUUACCCUGUACCUCAACCAUAUCUUCAAAUGUGCAGGAGAACACGUGCUGCCUGCUAAUUGGCUUGGAGCAGAGUGACUCUAAACCUGGCUGGAUGUGAGUAUGAGACCACAUAGGGACCACAGCGCUCUCUCAGAGGCCUGUAAAUUCAUCACCAUGGAGUCUCUGGAUGUGAAGGGAUGGGUGACCUCAAGAGCAGAUGUGCCGGCAGCCCAGCUGUGGUCACCCAUAUUGAUGAGCGCAUCUGUAACCAGCCUUUUAUUGCUUUAUUUAGACCUGUGUGAAUCUGAGUCGCUACUGAGCCUGGAUACAUCCUGAAUCUGAUCAGAGAUCUGAUCAGAGAUGUGACACAUGAUUUAAGAUCAAAGAUUGUUAAUCCAAGACAUUGUUUUGCAAGUCAUUCAACCAUUAAAUUUUAAAUCAAAUCUCAAUUAAUGAUUAAUCAAAUUCCGAAUUUAGACUUCAAAGUCUUCAAGUCUUGCUAAUAAAUUAUAAAUGAACUACAUAGGUGGCGAUUUUGUAAUAAUUCGGACAAGUUAAUUUGUACGAAAUCUAACCAGUUAUACACGAACUCAUGAGAGAUGCUACCCUUGUGUCCUUGUAGUUCCCAAUGAGGCAUUUGCUCAGUGUUAAUCAAAAACUGUGUUUUCAUAACUUUAACCCCUAACUUAAACCCCAUACCUAAACCUAAUCAUGGAUAGUAACCUUACCCUGCUGUGUUCAUGAAGCAUAUGUGAUUGGUCGAUUUAUUGUCAUAUGUUUUCGUACAAAUGAAGUCGUACACAUUAGUACGAAAUUGCCACCUCAUAGUAUAGUAUUUCUCAUGAGACUUUGUUGGAACAGAUAGCGGAAUGCAGAGCAAUAGAGAAGUGGAAUGCGUGUUUGUAUGCAGGGGCGUCCUGUCCCAUGUUUUUUAAUAUUUGCCUCAAAAUUGUGAUUCAAUUCAGACUUAAGUCAAAGACAAAUUUUGACUUAUUACUUUUUUACACAACUCUAUCUCAGUGUAAUCUCUAUUUCCAUUAUUAUUGGUCAAUAUAAAGGGGUCAUGCCAUACAUACAUAUUUUGCCCUGAGGUCCACUCAUAAUACUAAUAAAGUAUUAAGCACAAUAGCUCACUCAUUUCCACAACACACUCACGACAGAGAUGGUUGAACAUCAAAAUAUUAGUGGAAACAAAAGUAAAAGAGUUUUUGGGCACUUUGUUGUAGAUUAAUCAUGUGACAAUUUAUGCAUAUACAUCACAUUUUGGGAUGUAGCUUCAACUUUAAUUUUUUAAACUGGAAGAAGGUAAUGGCUUAAAAUAAUGAAAAAUUAACCACUACCCCAUAAUGAGUGCUAUAAUAGUUUUCAUUGAUGUGCAAUGUGUACAUAACUAUUAACAUCUCAAAAAAUGUGUUUUGGGUUUUCAUGAUCAUUUAAGUUUUGAAAUUUGCAGUAUUUUUCAUAGUACA